AUGAGAGACUAACACCAAUCUACAUAUGUUCGGUCAUCGAAGCAAUAAAACGACGCCGUUUUUUUGUGUUCCGCAAUCCGCAUUAAGAAUGGCUUGGCACAAUGACCCUAUCCAGUCUACAUAUGUUCAGUAGAAACUACGAAGUUUCCUUUCCUUGCACUGCAAUUCUGCAAUUCGACCUUUUCUCAACAAUUGCGAAAUUUUGACAUGGCGAAGAGCUACUUCAAGUUGGAACACCCCCUCGAAAGGAGGCAAGCAGAAGCUGCUCGCAUCAGAGAAAAGUAUCCAGAUAGAAUACCAGUGAUUGUUGAAAGGGCUGAAAGGAGUGACAUACCAGACAUUGAUAAGAAAAAGUACCUGGUUCCUGCCGACCUGACUGUUGGCCAGUUUGUUUAUGUGGUCCGGAAGAGGAUUAAGCUGAGUCCUGAGAAGGCCAUCUUCAUUUUUGUGAAGAACAUCUUGCCACCUACUGCGGCCAUGAUGUCUGCAAUUUAUGAGGAAAACAAAGAUGAAGAUGGAUUCCUUUACAUGACCUAUAGUGGCGAGAACACAUUCGGCUGAUUCUGAAUGGUGAUCAAGCCAUAUUAUGUGAAUAAGACUGAGUUCCUAGUAAAAAUAAAAACGCAAUUUAGAUUAAGUGUAGAUCCCCUGCAGCCUCUUCUAGUUUCAUGCUAUCUUUGAAAUAUGUGCUGUUUAUGGAAAACCUUUUUCCAAUUUGGAUGGACUAUCCUCUGUUUCCAAUUUGAUGCUGCAAGCAUGCUGCUUGCAUGCUGCUUUCUAUCUA